AUGGAAAAUGGUUUGGCACUGUCCAAGGUUCUUCCGGCUAGUUCCAUGUUACUGUUCCUGGCUGGGAAUGUUGAUAAAAUGACAAGCCAUCCUCUCGUUCAUGACGGGGUGUUGCGGGAAGAGGGCAUGGUCCUUGAGAUGCUUGACUUUGAAGAUGCUCUUCAGGUCGUGGAUAUCAUCCUGACCAUAGGGUGGCAAUUGUUUGUCAUCACCAAUGAAGCAAAUCUUUCUAAUGGAGGUAUGAGAGGUGAAGAGAGGAAUGCUCUCCCGCCUACCUCUCUAGUACUAUCUGGGCCUUCCCGCCCACCCUAUACACGUCAUCAGGGCUCUCCCGCCUGCCAUUCAAUUCACAAUUGGGCUCUCCCACCGACCCUAUACACAUCAUCUGGGCUCUCCUGCCUACCAUUCAAUCAGCAACUGGGCCUUCCCGCCAAUCCUAUUAACACCAUUUGGGCUCUCCCACCGACCAUAUAUGCAUCCUCUGGGCUCUCCCGCCUACCAUUUGAUCAGCAACUGGGCCUUCCCACCAACCCUACCAACACCAUUUGGGCUCUCCCACCGACCAUAUACACAUCCUCUGGGCUCUCCCGCCUACCAUUCAAUCAGCAACUGGGCCUUCCCGCCAACCCUACCAACACCAUUUGGGCUCUCCCACCAACUGCAUACACAUCAUCUGGGCUCUCCCACCUACCAUUCAAUCAGCAACUGGGCCUUCCCACCGACUGUAUACACAUCAUCUGGGCUCUCCCGCCCACUCCUCUACUACUAUAUGGGCUCUCCCGGUUACCUCUCUAA